AUGCCUCCCCUCCCUCAACAUCGCGAGAAGCGUCUCCUAGGUACAAGUCUAAAAAUGUACUUCGACCUUCCCUCGACCCUUCGCUAUGUGGACUCCAUAACGACUCUCUCAUCCCCGUCAAUAGACCUCUUUGUAAUCCCCGACUUCGUCUCUCUGCUCCCCUCUCAAGACAGACUAUCCAAAUCACAAAGCAACUUAUGGCUAGGAGCUCAAGACUGCUACAUCCAGGAUAAAGGCGCCUUCACUGGAGAAGUCAGUCCAUUGACUCUCUCCCAAGCUGGAGUCAAAAUUGUCGAGAUUGGACAUGCAGAGCGUCGAAGACUGUUCGGCGAGACGGAUGAGGAUGUUGCAAAAAAAGCAGAAGCUGUAGUAAGAAAUGGGAUGAUUCCUCUCAUUUGUAUAGGAGAGAAAGAGAAGAGUUCGGUUGCGAGCCAGGCAGUGGGGAUUGCAGUUGGAGAGUGCAAACCGCAGAUCGAAGCUGCGUUGAGUCUUGUGCCGGAUGAUGCGGAGGUUGUGUUGGCUUAUGAGCCCGUUUGGGCCAUUGGAGCUGCGGAGCCAGCUGGUGCAGAUCAUGUUGUUGCUGUUGCGCAAAACUUGAGAGCGCUUGUGCAAGGGAGGAAAGGCAGGACGAGGAUCUUGUAUGGUGGGAGUGCUGGACCAGGGACGUUUGAGAAGUUGAAAGAUGGGGUUGAUGGAUUGUUUUUGGGGCGGUUUGCGCAUGAUGUGAAGAAUUUGGAGAAGGUGAUUCGAGAAAUGUCAGAGGCAUGA